UUGACAUCUGCAAUUCGUUAACAACAAGAGAAAUUACACAAUCUCCAAGCUCACCCGAACUAACCAAUUAUAUUGGCGAUUUCUUCGAGAAGAUCUUCGAUUCGAGCUUCAAUUUUCGUUUUCGCGCUUGGUUAGGAGGCUAAUUUGAUUGGAGAUUUCCUUUUUUCGUGCGCAAUGGAUUCAGCUACAUUAGCCGUGUCAUCGUCCGUCAUUGUGCGUUGUUCGUCGCUAAAAUCGUUUUCGAGUAGAAGGAUUCAAGCAGAGUUGUGUUUUGAAAGGAGAAAGUUCUCCAAGAUCUUUGCGGUCUAUCCUAAUGGCUCUGCUUCUAGGGGGGAUUCUUCAGGUGCAGAUGUUCAUAGACGAAGAAGUACUUCUGAAACUCUGUUUUGCUAUGAUAAGGCUAUCCCAGAGGAAAGAAUCGAGACGCCAGUUGGAAUAUCUCUGGCCGAGAAAAUGAUUGGAGAUAAUCCUCGAUGCACCGAAUGCCAUGCUAAAGGUGCUGUUCUUUGCACAACUUGCUCCGGUUCGGGUUUGUAUGUUGACUCAAUAUUGGAGAGCCAGGGAAUCAUUGUGAAAGUUCGUUGCCUGGGUUGUGGUGGAACUGGCAAUACCAUGUGUUCGGAAUGCGGUGGGCGUGGUCACCUGGGAUCUAAAUGAGUCGCAAAGACUCCUUUCCAAUGAAUUCUUCUUGAACUAUCCCCAGCUCUAAUAUUUGGACUUUGAUCAUGCAAUUAUGAGAUAUAUAUUAAUCUUGCAAUGUAGCAAAGAUCUAUAGUGUACAUUUUUCAUUUUAGGCAGUUUGUGGGAUAUCCUUAUCAAAGUUUGGCAAAAUUGUUCUUGAUUCAGUUCAAAUCAUUUCCAGUGUUCCCUUCCCACAGCUUUUGUACUUGUAAGUCGAAUGGACACGCCUUUUUUCGAACUAAAAGUUAUGGAAUGCAUGAAUUAUGAAGUCAGAAAUA